AUAGAUAAAAUGGAGCACAUGUUACUGCUAUUCAUGUUUUUCAUACCUAUAUUGGGUCUCACUAAUGGAACGGAAACUGAACAAGAUUUUACUUGGCACUUAAAGAAGAUUCCCCAGAUUGUGAGUGAAAGAACUUUCUUCCUUGACAGCCCUAAAUUUGAAGCAAAAACUAAAUUAGAGCUGAACAGUGUGUGUGGAAUUGAAUGUCAAAGAAAGUUGCCAGUGCCAAGCUCGUCUGACUUGAAGGACCUCUUAUCCUAUGAGACCGUUUUUGAAAACGGCACACGGACUCUGACUGAAGUGAAUGUCCUUGGAUUAGUGCUUGACCCAGCUGGAAAUACAACCACACAAAGGUCUUCGAGAAAGAAGAGGCAGAUAUAUGGAACAGACAGUAGGUUCAGCAUCUAUGACAAGCGGUUUAUGACCAACUUUCCAUUCAACACAGCUGUGAAGAUCUCCACUGGCUGUAGUGGCAUCCUGAUUUCCCCCAAGCACGUGCUAACAGCUGCCCACUGUCUACACAAUGGCAAGGAUUAUGUUAAGGGCAGCAAAAGACUGAGGGUGGGCCUGAUGAAGACAAAAUCUAGAGGUGAUGGCAGGAAACGCAAAGGUGCUAAAAGAAGUAGGAGAGAAGUUUCUGCGGCCCAAGAGGAUCCUGAAGUUGCCACAGAACUAAGGCGACGAUCCAAAGGUGGUGGGAGAAAGCAGAGGAGAGCUGGGAGGAAGCAGGAGACCUCAGAUGGCAUGCCCUCCUUCCAGUGGACCAGGGUGAAGAGUACCCACAUCCCGAAAGGCUGGUUUAAGGGUGUCUCUGGGGAUAUUGCCCUGGAUUAUGAUUAUGCUGUUCUUGAGCUCAAGCGUCCCCACAAAAGGAAAUACAUGGAGCUAGGAAUCAGCCCAACAAUCAAAAUGAUGCCUGGGAGCAUGAUCCACUUCUCAGGUUUUGACAAUGAUCGAUCCGGGCAGCUGGUCUAUAGAUUUUGUAGCAUUUCUGAUGAGUCCAAUGAUCUCUUUUAUCAGUAUUGUGAUGCUGAGCCUGGCUCCACUGGAUCUGGCAUCUAUCUCCGUCUUAAGGAGCCGAACAGAAAGAAGUGGAAACGCAAGAUCAUUGCUGUUUACUCAGGCCAUCAGUGGGUGGAUGUCAAUGGUGAACAGCAGGAUUACAAUGUAGCAGUAAGAAUUACUCCUCUCAAAUAUGCCCAGAUUUGCUUCUGGAUACAUGGGAAUGAUGAGAAUUGCACACAAGGCUGAAGAGAGCUGAACCUAACUCGCUUAGCACCCAUAUUACCAUAGAGUGAAAGUCUGCUGCAGCAGUUAC